GGCUGGCAAGGACCUGUCUUCCUGAGCAGUCUGGGCGAGGCAGUCGACGAUUUAACGCACUUGCGUUGUCAUUUUACCGACUGGCUAGCCUGGACGAGUUUUCAUGCACGAAGCCUCUGUAUUCAUUUCAAGCCUUCAUGAGAGUUCCCUGCAGGCAAUCCUCGAAUCCCGCCUCUGAGUGAAAUUGGAUCGCCUGCUCCCUCUAGCCCCGCCAAGCUCGUUACCCUAUUAAAGGCGUCAGCUGGGGGGAACCAGGCGAAAGGAGAGGUACCGAUUUGACCAGCCUCCAAGCCUCCCCAGGGACCACACAUAAUCGUCAACGGCCUGCAAUGCAACCCUGAUAUUUCGCCCUUUUUUUCUCCGUACAUCACACACCCUCAACGUUUUCUUGAGCCGAAGGAAAAGCCGAGAGGGUACAAGAAAAUUAAAGUAUUCAAAAUUGUAUUAUUCUCUGCAUUGAUUUUUUUUUCUCUUUCAGCCUCCAAUUACUGCGCCAGCCUUGUCCAUUGUCUUGUCAAUAUUCCGUUUCAGAUAUUCCUAGGGUCUGCUUGGUGGGGGCGCCAUUUUAUAUUGCCUGUCAACAGGGAACCACGCUCCAAGGGGAAAUGCGCUUUGCGUUGCGCUGACUGACGCUUGUCAAGAGUGCUGAACGGCGAGCUUCGAAGGUCAUUAUCCCUUCAGGUGACUCGUUUCCGAAUUCUGGGCCCCCAAACUUCGAAAUAUCGAACCCGUUUUCGUCGGUAAAGAGAUAUUUUCGACACGGCGACGCCAAACCUAAGGACCUUGGGCCUUCAUCACAAUCGCGGCCAUCUACUUCGUUUUCAGAGGGGCAAGGCUUUUUGAACUCUGCGGCAUUGCCCGACCCUAAUAUCUCUCAGGUCUUCGAUACUUCAUCUCAGCAACCCGCACCUAAAUCGAACUCGAGUCGCCGCUCGAGCUUACCCGCUGCUUCCUCUAUCACGGAGUUCGGACUCAAGUCGAGAUUUCGAAGGUCAACUUUGACUGGAAAUAAACGACCCAAAUUUGUAUUUAGUGUUAAUGCACCUCCAACCGAAAGACCCUCGUUAGAUUUGAAAACUUCACGCCCAUCUUUAGACGAAAAUACCCCGCAUGGACGAUCCAAAGAAUACUAUAACACUCAGCAUCAAAACUCAAUCCCUUCGCCGAUAACACCCCUCAUCCCCCAUAGUGAGCCCGCGAAAAUGUCAUCAAAUAUGGGCCUUGACACCAGCCGCGAUGAAUACAACGCCCAGCACUCGAAUCUGCACCCAAGGCCUACAGUUGCCGGGCCCACGACCAACGUUGGCUCUACGAACCUGUCGGGGUUGGUAUGCAAUGUUUAUAAAACUACCGGGAGAGAGCCUCACGCGUUAGUAGGCGCCACUACCACUAUUCUCGGCGACAAAUUAUACGUUUUUGGAGGGCGCAUGCUAUCUAGGACUCGACCAGAUUUAACCUCAGAUCUCUACGAACUGGAUCUGAUAAGGCGCCAUUGGAGUAAGCUGCAGACUACCGGACAUGUGCCGUCACCAAGAUAUUUUCAUAGUGUAUGUGCACUAGGUGAUACAAAACUCGUUUGCUACGGCGGAAUGUCUCCUAGAACCACGCAGACGAGCCAGUCAUCAAGUUUAUCCCCAUCCGGUAACCUGGAAUCGCAGCCGGAAAUUGUGGUGAUGUCCGAUGUACAUAUCUUGGACGUACCGACGCGAACCUGGACUCGCAUUCACACCGAUAACACACCCCAAGGGAGGUACGCUCAUUGUGCGGCUAUACUUCCAUCGUCGGCUAUUUUCACGUCUGCUCAGGCGCCCCUAUCCGCCAUCCAAAAUAAUCCAUCGUCCGCAAAUCCACAUCAGGGAACGAUCGGAGUAGAUAUUGAUGGCUUUGGGGGGGCAGAGAUGGUUGUGGUUGGAGGCCAAGACAGCUCAAAUCAUUAUAUUGAACAAAUAAGCGUCUUCAACCUGCGCAGCUUGAAGUGGACAGUGACAACACCCCUGGACCGGAGUUGUGGAGCCUACCGAAGCGUCGUCGCGCCACUUAUCAAUACUCCAGCAUCGCAAAUCGGAGAAAGUCACAAGGAAUCGGACCCGACAAACACAGAAUCAGAAAACCAGGGAACUCCUCUCCUGAUUUAUUCCAAUUACCACUUUCUUAAUGUCAAACUUGAGCUUCAAGUGCGCCUCCCGGACGGCAAUUUAAUAGAGAAGACGAUGGAUACUUCUAUUUCACCACCUGGCCUUAGAUUCCCGAAUGGCGGCAUUAUCAAUGGUCACUUCGUUGUUAGCGGCACGUAUUUAACGUCAUCGAAACAAGAGUAUGCGCUCUGGGCGCUGAACCUAAAAACGUUGACAUGGGGACGUAUAGAUGUGGGUGGAACUAUAUUCAGCAACGGAAGCUGGAAUCGCGGUGUUUUGUGGAACAGAAGGAGCACGUUUGUGAUUUUGGGACAUAGAAAAAGAAGCCUGGUUGAGGAUUACAACCAUCGGCGGCUCAAUUUUGCCCACGUCUGCAUGGUGGAAUUGGAGGCUUUUGGACUCUACGAGAAUCCGCGGAGGACAUCACCGACGUCAGGAUAUCAGUCAGUGAGCGCUCCCGCAAUACCAGCGUCUAUUCAACCAAAAUUCUCUCAACAAGCUGGCGGUGGCCGACAGUAUUCCUCAGCGGCACAGCAGUUGGGUCUCAUGGCCCAGUCCUUUGUGGAAUUGUCCGAUAUGGAGCUGCUUACAAUUGGCGGCGAACGAAUACCCGUCAAUUCUCAUAUCAUUGCUCGACGAUGGGGCCCCUAUUUUGUCCGCCUGCUUCGUGAAUCCACAGCUGUUGCUUCAGACAGUCUUUCUGAUGUGGCUACCGUUCGCCAGCCGGGCUCUUCUUUUGGCAAUAAUCACUCCAGCAAUAAACGCAAUUCGAAUAUCACAAUAACUCCCUCCAUCAGCAAUACUAGCCAGUAUUCCACAGCAACAACCUUGGUUAACCAGCCUGGCACCAUUGCCAACACCGGCAGGAAAGACUCUGCUGCCGCGCUUCCUAACCUUGAGAUACCCUCCGCUCACUCCCUCACGCCAACUUCACGACCUCGCACCCUCUACCUUCCACACACCCACCUAACCGUCCAACUCCUCGUCCAUUUUCUCUACACUUCAUCCCUGCCGCCUAUUGAUUCUCCGUUAUGUACCCCUCAAAUUCUCUGCUCGCUUCUACAGCUAGCUCGACCGUACCAGGUUGAUGGAUUGCUUGAAGCCACCGUUGAACGUCUCCACCAGGUUCUUGAUGGUAGAAAUGCGGCCGCAGUAUUCAACGCCGCCGCCAUGGCCGCCGGAGGUGGACGUGGGACCGGCUUCACAAGUGGUCCUGGUGGGACAUUGGAGGUGCUGAACGGUGUCAAAUUGCGCUCUGAUCAGCCUGGGACUUCUUCAAAUUCACAAAUGUCUGCAAUUCAUUCUAGCUCAGAUAAUGACGGCGGACAUGUGGACAGAAAAUCUGCGUCUGGUCGUCGCGAGUCCAGCAACUCUGCUUCCCAGCAACGACCGUCAAAUCUUCGAAUCAACACCGACCUGGGAAUGCGUCAUCGCGCGGAAUCAAUCAGUAGCGCUAGUACCGUUACCUCCGCGUCGACAAAUACUAGUUUCAGUUAUACUGACUCCGAUAUGGGCCGCCAAUCUAGCAGCGGUGAUGGGUCUAGCAGACAUCAUGCCCACAGCAGGCCGGAUAGAGACGUCUGGACGGGAGGAAUCAGUUGCGUAGUUGGUCUACAGAAACGUGGGUUGAGGGGGUUAAUGGAAGGGCGACGCCUUAGAGAACGAGGUGCGAUAAAUGGCGGCGAUGAUCGGAGUACGCCUACGGCUGGUAUAACGUCGAAUACCACGUAUAUGACCAGUGCUGCUCCUGGCUCUGCAAUGGGAAUAUGA